UGUUUGGUGGGUUAUGUUUACACUCUCACCAGGAAAAGUUAAUAUUAUACUAUGUUUAAAAAUAUUUCCAGAAAAAUACCAAAUCCACUUUAUAUUGGAUCAGCAGUAGCUGGAGUAAUUGGAUUUGCCUAUUUAACAAAAGAACUGGUUGGUGGCCAAAGAUAUCAAGGCAAAGGUGUAACAGCAAAAGAUAAAGUUAUCAUUGUAACAGGAGCUAAUACUGGUAUUGGAAAAGAAAUAACAUGGGAAUUAGCAAGAAGAGGUGCAAAGGUUUAUAUGGCAUGUCGUGAUAUGAAACGAUGUGAAAAAGCAAGAGAAGAAAUUGUCUUGGAUACAAAGAACAAGUAUGUUUACUGCAGAAAAUGUGAUCUAGCUUCCCUACAGUCAGUAAGGGAUUUUAUUAAAAUUUUUAAAUCAGAACAGAAGAGACUUGAUGUAUUGAUUAACAAUGCUGGUGUCAUGAAUACUCCAAACACAAAGACGAAAGAUGGUUUUGAAAUGCAGCUGGGAGUUAAUCAUAUGGGACAUUUUCUACUUACAAACCUGUUGCUGGAUCUACUCAAAGAAUCUACCCCCAGUAGAAUAAUAAAUGUUUCAAGUGUGGCACAUAAAAGAGGGAAAAUAAAUAAAGAUGAUUUGAAUAGUGAUAAAAAUUACAACGCUUCUGAUGCCUAUGCUCAAAGCAAACUAGCUAAUGUGUUAUUUACCAAAGAACUGGCCAACAAAUUACAAGGAACUGGUGUUACAGUCAACUCUGUGCACCCUGGUUUAGUAGAUACAGAAAUAAUUAGGCACAUGAGCUUUUACAGUAGUUGGAUGGCCACUGUAUUGGUCAAACCAUUUGUUUGGCCUUUUAUUAAAAAUCCAAAGCAAGGAGCACAAACUAUUAUAUAUUUGGCACUCGAUGAAUCAAUAGAAAAAGUAACUGGAAAAUACUUCUGUGAUUAUGAAGAAGUGGAUGUCAGUGAAGAAGCUAAAGAUGAAAAUAUUUCUAAAUGGCUGUGGGCUGUAAGUGAGAAGUGGACACGAUUAAAUAUAUAGCAACAUAUUGUUGGUUAUAAAUUGAAAUAUUUCUCAUUUUGAAUAUAUAGCAAUAUAUUGUUGUUUAUAAACAGAGUAUUUCUCAUUUUUUACAUGGAGAUAAAUUUUCUAUUGACAACCAUCUGUAUAAAUUAUGUGACAGUGCCAAUUCAAGACGUAAAAUAAGAUGGCUUUGAAAUUUUCAUAGGUUUAAGACGAAGAUAGGUGAAUUGCUAGGUGCAUUUUGUUGAAUUGGUCCCGGAUUUAUUGGAUUCUUUAAAAUGACAUUUAUCAAUAAAACGAUACAAAUCAAAUCUGACAUUUGACAGGUACCAAAUGUCAACGGGCCAUUUAUUAUUAUCAUAACCUGUUUAUUAUUGGUUUGGUUUGGCUUGUAUAGUUUUAAUUUUUCGAAAACCAUGAACAAUUUGUUAGUAAUUCCUGUAGUACACAAAACACAUAAUGGUGACAGUUACACCUAAGUAACCUCACAAAUUUGAUCUCUCCACCACUUAAUUCUAUUAAUUCCGUCCCAAACCACAGAAGCAAAGUUUGCAACCCAAUUCAGAAUAUACUUGCAAUUAAAUGCCCAUUCCCAUUCUAUUCCGGAAUCAAUCCAACAAUAUGCACCUGCUAUCGAUUUUUUACUUCUGACACCCACCACCCACUACACCAUUUUGUAGUUAAACAAUUCAGAUAUACAUUUAUACUACAAGUUUAGUCUUUGUUAAAAUAGUAGUUGCCCCCAGUCACCCAGGUGCGGAAAACGUCAGCCUUUGCUCAAAUAAAUUGAAGUCUUUUUUACCUCCACCGCUUCCAACCUCUGAAAAUUCUACUGCCUUUAGAAAAUGUGAGGUUAACUGAAAGAAAAUCGCAAGUGUAUCUUUUCUAUUUUUAUUUUUUAAAUCAUAGUUUACAGACUCAACAAGUGCCUGAUUUACCUAUAGGCUGGUGUAGGCUGCAGCCUACAGGCCCCCACCAUGUUAACAUAAAAAUAUAAUUUUUUGAAUAGGUCCCCACCAAUUUUCAGCCUACAGCCCCUCCGCCCCACUAAAUUAGGCACUGCUCUCAACGUUAUUUUUCUAUUUAUCUUUAAUAAUGUUAAAAUAUAGAAAUUUGUAGUAAAAUUUCUUAUUCUAUCAUAAGAAAAUGUCAAUAAUAUUUCGUGUUAGAAAAUUUAUACCUGGUGUGUUACAACUAAUCUGAAGAUAUGCUCAUUUAUUUAAAUAAAAAGUUGAUGUAAAGAAAAUAUAUUAAAAAUCCAACAGAAAAGUAUGUGCAUCAUUUACAGCAAAUAAAGUGACUUCAAAAAACAGUGUU